AUGUCAUCCGGGUUCCCUGGCAGUGGCAACCCUGGGAUCCCUGGUGGCAAUAGGCCUGGGAUCGGUGGAAAGAGAGGCAAUGCUGGUGGGGGUGGUACAUGCGCCAGGCCGGUUGCAGCACAUGCUGCCAUUAGCAGUAGUAAAAUUAUUGCUUCAACUUUUCUAGACAUGGUUAUUGGCAAACCUGGAACUCUUACUUUUGCACUAUAUCAGAAAAGGGUUAGCUAG